AUGCCUUCUAAACUUCACGCUAUAAUUAUUAUUAUGCCUGCAAAAUACCAUGUAGUGUAUAAAUUAUCAUUAGAGAGCCUUUCUCACUCAAAUGUUCCACCAAUACCAAACGCCAGUCCAAAGAUUGCGAAACAUUCUGUAGCCACUCCAAGCGAUUCAGCGAACUUUUGCCACUUGUACCAUGCAAUCACACUUCCAAUAGCAUUGGUAGUUGUGAGAAAGAUCACCACCGACGCAACAAUCAUGAUUCAGUGCAUUAUUAAAAAUACAAUAAAUUUAAUGUUAUGCUGCCUUGAAGGAACUGUCAUAACUUUCCAUACUGUUCAGGAUUUUCCAAUCAACAUAAUUGGCGAAGCACGCUUUCGCUUGUGUGCACGCAAGCACCAGGCUGUGACUCCUAAGAUCAUGCCAGAGAAUGGACAAAAUCCUUGGGAUGGACAUUUUGAUAAUUUAAAAAAACUAGAUUUUAAUGCGAAAUUUCAUACGCAUGGAACAAAUUCAUACCACCCCUAUGUUCCCAUCGGUCCUCGUCCCAUACCCAUGACCUUACGUAACGUAAAGGAUGCCGUUUUGGGUAGUAAUCUUCGGGUUUACAAUCAGCAUCAGGUAGAAAUAGAUGCAAAGGUAGAAGCAGAGUUUGAGAUAAAUGUAGAUAUAGAAGUAAAGGUAGGAGCAAAUGCAGAAGUAGGGAUAGAGACAAAAAUAGAA